GUAGGAAACAGACUCUUCUCAACGCUCUUUCACGUCCAAAGCAUAAUGAAGCUUCCCACCUUCAUAUCAAUAUCUACCGCCCUCGCUUGUCUGCCUGUGUUCACUCAGGCUCAAAUUCCCUUCUCAUGGGCCCAAUCACAGCAGCACAUGUCACCUUAUGCGACCACCGGCAAAAUGGAACAGCAUGGCCGAACCGGUGUCGCUGCUAUGCAUGCCGUUCUCUUAAAGUAAAUAAAAUCAUUCUUUCCCCUUUCUGCUAUCCUAUUUCACUUACCAUCCAUCUUUUUUACAGUGAAGACACAGUACUUGUUAUCGACAAAGCUGAAUGGAACGAAGCUCAAUUCGAUUCUGGACAGAGUGCAUUCUCUGUACAGUACGAUCUGCGAACCGACAAGUACCGUCCAUUGCCGCUGGAAACCAACACCUUUUGUUCAGCCGGUGGUUUCCUUGCUAACGGCACGUUUAUCAGCACAGGAGGCGGAGAGAAACGGGGUCGUACCUGGAAAGCCGAACCUGGAUGGCAGUCGAUUCGUCACUUUAACCCGUGCCUUGAUAAUACCUGCGAGUGGAAUGAAUUCAAAACGGGUCAAAUGCGAGUCAAUCGAUGGUACCCGACCGUUGAACAACUACCGGAAGGCGACAUCUUCAUUAUUGGCGGUUCCACCAAGGGAACAGCCGUGAACCGUGACGAAGUCAAUGUACCUUCCUACGAAUUCUGGCCUCCUCGACCUGAAGGAGAAGUGCACAUGCCUUUCCUCAAUGAAACAAUGCCGUACAACCUGUAUCCUUUUGUCUUCCUAUUACCGGAUGGCAACCUGUUUAUUUUUGCCAACAAACAAUCCAUGAUUUUUGAUUACAAAAACAACCGUGUCGUAAAGAGAUUACCGGAUAUCCCCGGUGUGCCUCGAUCGUAUCCUUUGACGGGUGGCGCAGUCAUGCUCCCAUUGGAUCCCGCCAAAAACUAUCAGGUGGAAAUCCUUAUCUGCGGUGGUUCCGAAAAGAUGAAGAAUAAUGCCAAAGCCGAUGCUACCUGUGGUCGCAUCAAUUUGGAUGACGAAACUCCUUCCUGGGAAAUGGACACCUUUGUCUACCCUCGGUUGAUGCCUGAUGGUGUGAUUCUUGCUGAUGGCAAAAUCCUUUGGGUGAAUGGAUGUCAACGCGGUUGGGCCGGUUACAAUGGUCGCAACCACGAUCCCACUUUUGAUCCCAUCAUGUACGACCCAUAUGCCGAGAAGAGCCAUCGCUGGAUCGAUGGUCUCGCCAAUACGACCAUCGCUCGCAUGUAUCAUUCCGUCGCCUUGACUUUACCGGAUGGUCGCGUCUGGAUUGCCGGUUCCAAUAAUGUGGAUCCCCCGGAUAUCAAUGCCAAAUAUCCCACCGAGUUCCGUGUGGAAUACUUCUCGCCACCCUACCUCUUCCAGGGUGCUGAGCGUCCUUUGAUUUCACAUGUUCCUCGCAUUGUGACCUACGAUCAAUCCUUUAACGUGCUUUUGAAUCUUGGCAAUUUGGAGCACGGCAACACCGAUAUCAAAGUCGCCCUGUUACGACCUGGUUUCAGUACCCAUUCCAUGCACAUGUCGCAGCGCUACGUGAUCUUGCGCAGCGAGUUGGCCAGCGAUCUUCAGUCGAUAAAGAUUACCGCCCCUCCCAAUGCCAAUAUUUUCCCGCCUGGCUCAGGCUUCCUCAUCGUCUUGAGCAAUGGCAUCCCCUCGAAGGGUGUCGAAAUUUUCGUAGAGCACGAUACCUCCGAUUUAGCUAUUUAGAAUGGCUGCAUUUCUCAUCCGAUUUUCUUUUUUACAUUUUAUCAUCUCUUUGUCUUUCCAAUUUUUCUUCAGUCCGAUUCGUUCUUCCAUUUUAUCUGUAUCAAAACAUAUCCUCUUUCAUA